AUGGACACUAAAGAAAUCAAGUCGACAGUGCUGAAUCUCGACAAAGCUUCAGACGAUGCCACCAUUUUGAAGCUCUUGAACAUCUUGAAUGAUGGAGUCAAGCCCUCUGAAAAAUUGUUGAGGGAAACAAAGGUUGGUGUCGCUGUUAACAAGUACAGAUCCCACAGCAACAGCGACAUCAACUCGUUGGUCAAGAAGAUGAUCCGCACAUGGAAGGAAUCUGUCCAGAAUGAGAAAAACAGCAAAAAGAAGACGGCCUCGCCUGUUUCAAAUGGAAAUGCUGCAAGUUCAGUCAAGGAAGAAGUGAAAAGUGAGGCCGGUUCUACCAAUAGCAAGUUCCACCAGGGACCCAGGAACCCCAAGACUGAUGGAGUAAACACAACUUUGUAUGAUAACAGUACCAGAAAUGCAUCUGUCAGCGCACUUUAUACUGCUUUGGCUAUUGAACGUGAUGAUCGUCUGUCGCAUAUCUUGAGCGUGGCCAGAGAAAUAGAGAGUGAAGUGUUCAAGUCCGAGUAUCUGAAUGUCAACGACAACUACAGAAACAAGUUGAGAACUUUUACCAUGAAUCUACGCAACAAAAAGAACCCGGAGUUGAGGGAAAGAUUGUUGUCUGGAGGAAUCAAACCAGCAGAGUUCAUCAAGAUGUCUCCUAACGAAAUGGCUCCAGAGGCUUUGAAGAAGGAGAUUGAAAAAUUGCACAAGAAGAACUUGUUUGAUGCCCAAGGUGCCACCGAAAAGAGAGCUGUUACGGACAGAUUCACCUGUGGCAAGUGUAAGCACAAGAAAGUGUCGUACUACCAGAUGCAAACUAGGUCAGCAGAUGAACCUUUGACUACGUUCUGUACCUGUGAGAACUGUGGAAAUAGGUGGAAGUUCUCAUAG